CUGCAAAAUCAUCCACCAUUACCAAAGGGCUCAUAGUCCUGUAGAGUAUAUAGACUAUAAUCUAACCCACCUAACUCAUAUAUUAUCAGGGUCGAGUCCUCACAGACUCCCUGUUUAUCCUCCUCCUCUGUUUAUCUUUACCCUCCUUUUCUUUUGUUAAAGCAGUAGUUGUUGGUUGCUUCUAUUUACAAGGCCAAAACUCCAUCCAAAAAUUAUGAAGAGGGAAGGGAGGCAACAUGGAAUUGUUAGAACCUACCCGGUCUGCCCAAACCAACCAAAUUUGGCCCGGCUCAUCAAGAGCUCGAGCUCCCCUCUGAUCGUCGGAACAUUCACUCCGGUCCCGCCCAAGCCCACCACCAACCACUCCAAGUACAUCGGAAGAUGCGGGACGCGUCACAACGGUAAGUCAAAGAACAACAUCAAGGGGAGCCAUAAGUUGAGGUGGCAUGACGCAGUGUCCAAUCACGGCGUAGCAGCUCGUUGGGCAGAGGAAGGCAGCCGGUUCCACUCCGGCUAUUGUUACGGUGGGGUUUCGGUUGCCGGGUUGUUAGAGAAGUUGGCCAUUGAUGCAGAUCGUGAUGAUGACGGUUGUCAGGAUAAUGAUCAUGAUUGUGAGAACCCUUAGAUCGAACUUGGUUACUCUGAUAUUAUUCGUACUAAGAAGCACCUAACCAAAGCCAAUAUCUUCAUUGUUGUAACCCACCAAGGAAUUUUUUUGUGGAUGAUGAUAUUGCAAUGAAAAUGUGGCAAAGAU